AUGGACAGUGAGGGAACUGGGAGAACCUUAGCUGCUCAACAUGCCCAUCGCAUUUUAGGAGAAGCUGGGUGCUCGCAAUUCCCAGAAGAUGCACCCGCAGAUUGGGUCGGAGUUCAGCGUGGGCGGGAUUUGUUUGUGCCUGGUUGGGGUGGCUUCGACAUAGCUGCAGCGCUUGAUGCUAGUGGCGGGGCUAGCGCCUCGAUUCCCAGUGUCAGCGAGCUGCGGAGCAUCGGAUACCUGAUGAAGUAUUUCCCAGACCUUCAAGACCAGAUGAUCCGUCACAAAAUCCAACAGUUGCUGCGAACACCCGAAACUUUGCUUGCACGGUAUAUUGUCCAACACCAUGUCUUCUGGGCAGAUGCUCGGAAUGGAAACAGACUGGAUGAAGUCGAAUCGCACUGGCAGGAUACCAAUGUCGCCAAUCCCUCCAGAGCCCUCAAAGAAGAACCAAAGAAGCUACUUAAUCGCCUGGUCCGUGACCGUGCCAUUGCCAGUCACCCUUUAAUUGAAUUUGCACAUUUGGUUGGACAGCCAACUGUAUUCUUUGAUGACAGUUUUUUCGCUUCAACUCUUGAAUCCUCCUUCGAGUUGUCAGUUCUUGAGGAGUCUCACAGUGUUUUGCGUGCAGCUCAAGAACUCAACAAUUGUGCUGCAGACUACAGUCGAAAUGUCCGACAGAAGCGUUGUGCCCUUGUUGUUCUUCGCUCACGCAAGAAGCUCCUCGCUAUGGGCGAGUGGGAUUUGCAUGAUCGACGCUGGUGUCAAAUCUCGGAGCACAGUGACGAGCCAGUCCGUGAUGAAUGGUUGAAGAUGUACAAGCAACUGGAGACAGACGAUUUCUUUCCAAUUCGAGCGGUACUCCCCCUCCCAGAUUUGGAGACAUCAACAGGUUUGUUACAGGAGGUAAAGGAGGAUGUCGUCUCGAUUUUCAGUGUUGAAGGGUCGACAUCCUUGGAUCGCCUGUGUAGCGCUUCAAUUUUGGGCAUAGAACCCUGUAUGGGAUGGCCAUGUUUGCUUGAUGGAUUGGAGGCAUUCCAUCCAGAGGCUUCUUCAGCACUUUUGCUCUGGAGCCUUGCAGCAGCAGCGAGCAGUGUUCAUUCUGCAGACUGCGAGUUGGAGAUCGUCAUUGAGAAGCUUCUUUGCAAGAGAGCAGACCCGGACACAAUGACAGACCGGGGUUGGAGCUCAUUGAUGUUCGCAGUGAUGGUACCUGAUCCUAGUGCUAUUGUGGCCAGGCUAUUGAAGGCAGCGGCAGAUGUAGAUGCUCGAGCUGCUCAAAGCGGACGCACUGCCCUGAUGCUGGCUUGCAGCAUUCAGAACUUUAGUCUUGUUUGUAGACUGGUGACCUUUGCAGCAUCUCUGGACGUUGCUGCACGUAUUGAUGGCCGUACAGCAGUAAUCCAGGCUGUCGAAGUGGGUGCUUGGAGUAUAGCAGAGUUCCUGCUCGAGGCAAAUGCUGACAUCAAUGCCCUUCGAUUUGACGGCAAAACAUCGCUGAUGCUUGCGGUUGAAGCAAACCAAGUGGAGUUUGUACGAACCAUUGUCCAUCAAAAAGCAGAACUCAAUACCAAGGAUGAACGUGGUUCAACAGCUCUAUCAAUCGCUCUGGAGAUGAAGCGCUCCAGCCAAAUGGAUUUCUUGCAUAUCCUUGCAAAUGGCCACUGCGACUUGAACAUGAUUUGCCCAGCAAGCAAGUUGCCGGCCGUGACCCUCGCAGCUUCAGCCGGCAACAUGGAGGUGGUCGAACUACUAGUACGGUGCCGUGCUGGAAUACAUGGUGAACAUAGCUCAGUUGCAGCUGCAGCUGCCUCGGAAAAAUGGCAUAUGGUGAAGCGCUUGGUGGAACUUGAAGCAGAUCCGAAUGUUGCCAUCAGCUACAAGAGCGAGUCAAUGAAGACAAACGGAUAUGGCAAUCCGAAGCCUUCGACUGUGCUGAUUCAGGCAACUAAGUCUGGAGAUGAAUCACUGGUUCAGUUUCUUUGCCACAAAGGUGCCUCAGCCAAUUUCAUGAGUGACAGCAAUGAAAGCGCUUGCGGAGCAGCAGCAGCGGCAAACCACUUGGGCGUCCUCAAGAUUCUGGCUGAAGCACAUGCAGACUUGGACAGAAGCCCACUUCAUGGUCUUCCGCCUUUGCUUGUGGCAGCCAACUCGAAGAGGUGGGCAGCACUUCAUUUGCUCUUGGAGCUUCGUGCUGAUACGGAAGUCUGCAAUCCAGAUGGAGAAACUGCAUUGAUCAUAGCAGCAAGUCAAGGAAAUGCAAGAGGAGUUUCCAAGCUGAUUGAUUGCAGAGCAAAGUUGGAAGCACGCAGCAAAGGCCAGACAGCCUUGCUUGCAGCUGCACGCCAGCAGAGCUGGAUGGUUGUGCGCAGACUUGCGGAAGCACGGGCGGAUUUAGAUGCAAUCGAAUCACCAGAUGCCAAGCCAGUCAUUGUCCGCCUGGCUGAGACGUCACAGUGGGACACUUUGAUUCACUUGGCUCGACAUGGGGCAAACUUGGAGGCUAAAGGCCUUGCUGGAAGAACCGUGCUGAUGUAUGCUGCCGAGAGUGGCUUGGAUGACGUUGCCUGGUGGUUGUUGCAAUGUCGAGCUGACCCUAAUGCUGAAGAUCAAAGGGGGGAAACGGCCUUGCUGAAAGCUUGCAACCGCCAGUUAGAAAGCUUCAUGCGACUUCUUUGGGAAAAUGGAGCACGUAUUGAGAUACCACUGCAGAAAUCCAGAAUUCCUGCGAUGUCGAAACUAUUGCGGAAAUGGCAGGGAAAUACAGACGACUGA